CCACUCUGAAAAAGGUGAUGGAAAAGACAGAAUUGCAGGGGACAGGACACCUUUCGUUUCAUUAGGAAUAACCAUUAAAAUAUGUGAAAUGUGGAAUAUGCUUCACUGAACGAGCACACAUAGUUCACAUCAACGAACACAAAAAGGAAAGAACCCAUUUAAAGGUAUGGAGUGCGGAAAGAGCUUCUCUUUCAAUGCAAAACUUAGAACACACCAGAGGACUCACAAAGAGAGAAAAUCUUUUAAGUGCAGGGAGUGUGGGAAGAAUUUCAGUCAGAGUGGACACCUUAAAUUGCACAAACGGACUCACACAGGGGAGAAACCAUAUAAAUGUAUUGAGUGUGGAAAGGACUUUAGUGAUAGUGGAAGCCUUAGGAAACAUCAACGGACUCACACAGGAGAGAAACCAUUUAAAUGUGUGCAGUGUGGGAAGUGCUUCAGUUUCAGUGCAAGCCUUAGAUUACAUCAACGGACUCACACAGGGGAGAAACCAUUUAAAUGCAUGGAGUGUGGAAAGAGUUUUAGUGAUAGUGGAAGCCUUAGGAAACAUCAACGGACUCACACAGGGGAGAAACCCUAUGAAUGUAUGGAGUGUGGAAAGGACUUUAUUACGAGUUCACAACUUAGAUCACAUCAACGGACUCACACAGGGGAGAAACCAUUUAAAUGUAUGGAGUGUGGAAAGAGUUUUAGUGAUAGUGGAAGCCUUAGGAAACAUCAACGGACUCAUACAGGAGAGAAACCAUUUAAAUGCAUGGAGUGUGGAAAGAGUUUUAGUGAUAGUGGAAGCCUUAGGAAACAUCAACGGACUCAUACAGGAGAGAAACCAUUUACAUGUGUGGAGUGUGGAAAGGACUUUAUUAGGAGUUCACAACUUAGAUCACAUCAACGGACUCACACAGGGGAGAAACCAUUUAAAUGUAUGGAGUGUGGAAAGAGUUUUAGUGAUAGUGGAAGCCUUAGGAAACAUCAACGGACUCAUACAGGAGAGAAACCAUUUACAUGUGUGGAGUGUGGAAAGGACUUUAUUACGAGUUCACAACUUAGAUCACAUCAACGGACUCACACAGGGGAGAAACCAUUUAAAUGUAUGGAGUGUGGAAAGAGUUUUAGUGAUAGUGGAAGCCUUAGGAAACAUCAACAGACUCACACAGGGGAGAAACCACAUAAAUGUAUAGAGUGUGGAAAGAGCUUCUGUUCUAAUACAAGCCUUAGAACACAUCAACGGACACACACAGGGGAGAAACCCUAUGAAUGUAUGGAUUGUGGAAAGGACUUUAUUACGAGUUCACAACUUAGAUCACAUCAACGGACUCACACAGGGGAGAAACCAUUUAAAUGUAUGGAGUGUGGAAAGAGUUUUAGUGAUAGUGGAAGCCUUAGGAAACAUCAACGGACUCAUACAGGAGAGAAACCAUUUAAAUGCAUGGAGUGUGGAAAGAGCUUCAGUCAUAGUGGAAACCUGAGAGUACAUCAACAGACUCACAUAGGUAAGAAACUAUUUAAAUGUAUGGAGUGCGGAAAGACCUUUGGUGAUAAUGGAAAGCUUAGAACACAUCAACAGACUCACACACGGGAGAAACCACUUCAAUGUAUGGAGUGUGAAAAGAGUUUUAGUAAUAGUGGAUGUCUUAGGAAACAUCAACAGACUCACACAGGGGAGAAACCAUUUUAAUCUAUGGAGUACAGUAAAUACUUCACUCAGAGUGGAAAUCUUAGAAAACAUCAGCAGAUACACAGGGGAGAAACCAUUUAAUGGUAUGGACUGAGGAAGGAGCUUCAGUCAGAGUGGAACCCUUGAUUUAUGUCAACAAACUCACACAAAAGACAAACCGUGUAAAUAUCAGGAAAGUAGAUAGAGGUUCACUCUUAGUGGAAGUUCAAAAUCAACAGACUCAUGGACAGGAAGAACCUUAAGAGUUGAAACCCUUCAAACCAUCAACAAACUCAGAGGGGAGAAGCAGUUUAAAUGAAAAGAUUGCAAAAAGUGCUUUAUUUAUAAUAGAGUGAUCAAGGAACCUCUAGGGACUCUCAAAUGGGAGAACCCAUUUAGAUGUAUGGAGUGUGGGACGUCUUCCUCUCAGAGUCCACUCUGAGCAAUGAACUCAGCAGGAAAUCAUUCCUUUUUUUUAAAUAAAUAUUUAUUGAAGUUUUACAUAGUAGUGAAGAGAAUAAAAAAACAAAGUUAGAA